AUGCAAGGCACUUCCGGCCACCGCUCCCGCGGUUCUGAGGAGUAUGGGGUGUACGAUGAUGCAAAGACGUACUAUGCUUCCGAGGAGAGGCACAGCAACCGCUAUGGAGUCCGAACUCGAACGUACUCGCAGAAUAGCUUGGUGAAGCAGUUGGAGAGGAUGGGGGCGCAGGAGCCGUUCCGACGUGGAAGCCACGAUGAGACCACCAUGGAGACGGGUCGCCGAUUUCUCGUUCAGGUUGAUGCCACGCUGGAAAUCCUCAAGAACCAGGAGGACACUGACGGAAACAUGCAAAUCACGAUUGAGGAUAAUGGCCCCAAAGUCAUUUCUCUGAGAACAGCUGCCUCGGCUGGCCACAACCGAUUCGAAGUCCGAGGAACUUACAUGCUGUCCAAUCUCCUGCAGGAGUUGACAUUGGCCAAGGAGUAUGGCCGCAAGCAAAUCAUUCUUGAUGAAGGUCGCUUGAACGAGAACCCUGUUGAUCGUUUGUCCCGCUUGAUCCGAGAUCAUUUCUGGGAUGGACUUACCAGGCGAAUUGACGCAUCUAGUAUUGAGAUUGCGGCUCGUGACCCCAAGGACUGGACAGACGACCCUCGUCCGAGAAUCUAUGUCCCAAUUGGAGCUCCGGAGCAGUAUGAGUAUUAUCAAAAGGUGGCUGCCGACAGACCAGAGCUCCGUCUUGACGUCCAGCAACUGCCGGAGAAGAUCACGCCAGAGUUGAUUCGCGACAUGAACGACAAGCCGGGUCUGCUGGCUGUAGCUGUCGAGAAGGUGGAAGAGGAAGAUGAACUGGGCAACAAGACGACAAGCUUAAAGGGGCUUCCCUUUGUCGUCCCCGGUGGUCGCUUCAACGAACUUUACGGCUGGGAUAGCUACAUGGAAUCUCUCGGCCUGUUGAUCCAUGAAAGGGUCGACCUAGCCAAGUCCAUGGUGCUCAACUUUUGCUUCUGCAUCGAGCACUAUGGCAAGAUUCUCAACGCCACUCGAUCCUACUAUCUUGGCCGAUCUCAGCCUCCCUUCCUGACGGACAUGGCUCUUCGAGUAUAUGAGAAGAUUAAGCAUGAGCCGGAUUCCAAGGAGUUCUUGAGACGGGCCAUCCUCGCCGCCAUCAAAGAGUAUCACAGUGUCUGGACCAGCGAGCCUCGGCUAGACCCGGUGACGGGCCUCUCCAGGUACCGACCAGAGGGUCUAGGAGUGCCUCCCGAGACGGAGGCCACCCACUUCGUCCACAUCUUGAAGCCCUACAUUGAGAAGCACAAGAUGGAAUUCGAGGAGUUUGUCCGAGCUUACAACUAUGGCGAGAUCAAAGAGCCUGAGCUUGACGAGUACUUUUUGCACGAUCGUGCAGUCCGCGAAUCCGGCCACGACACAUCGUACCGUCUCGAGGGCGUCUGUGCUGAUCUUGCCACUAUCGACCUCAACUCUCUAUUGUUCAAGUAUGAGACAGAUAUCGGACGGACCAUUCGAAGCCUCUUUGGCGACAAGUUGGUCAUUCCAGCUGAAUUCUGCCAGGGAACGCCAUACCAGCCCGGCGAGUCCGUGUCUUCGGCGGUCUGGGACCGACGCGCCAAGCGGAGAAAGUUGACAAUGGACAAGCUGAUGUGGAACGAAGAGGAGGGCAUGUUCUUUGAUUACGACACAGCCAAGAGACAGAGGUGCACGUAUGAGACUGCCACGACCUUGUGGGCGCUCUGGGCUGGAAUUGCAACGCCCAAGCAGGCAGCCGAUUUGGUGAAGAAGGGCCUGCCCAGAUUCGAGAUGUUUGGUGGUGUGGUAGCUGGAACGGAGAAGUCUCGGGGUGCAAUUGGAUUGGAACGCCCCAACCGACAGUGGGAUUACCCAUACGGCUGGGCUCCGCAGCAGAUGCUGGCCUGGACUGGACUGCUUCGAUACAGCUUCACCGAAGAAGCUGAGCGCCUUGCCUAUAAAUGGCUCUUCAUGAUCACCAAAGCGUUUGUCGAUUUCAACGGAGUAGUGGUUGAAAAGUACGACGUCACACGUCCGGUUGACCCUCAUCGUGUUGACGCCGAGUAUGGAAACCAAGGCCUGGACUUCAAGGGCGUUGCGAAGGAAGGGUUCGGAUGGGUCAAUGCCAGUUACGUUUACGGACUCCAGAUUGUGAAUGCGCAUAUGCGACGAGCACUGGGAACGUUGACUCCGUACGAAACGUUUAUCAGAGCAAUUGAGCUGAACAAUGAACGCGCCUUGGCUGGCCUGACCCUGACGUGA